CCGGAUAUAUGUAGCCGGCGGCAGAGCACGCCGCUGCGUGAGGCGCUUCUCGUCCGCCGGGCCCUGUGGUGAAGCGGCGCCUCCGCUCCCGUCCCGCUCUGCCCGCAGUUUUCAGUUGACCAAAGAAAUGGUGAUGGAGAAGCCAAGUCCCCUGCUGGUCGGGCGGGAGUUCGUGAGGCAGUACUAUACCCUGCUGAACCAAGCACCUGACUAUUUGCACAGGUUUUAUGGAAAGAACUCUUCCUAUGUCCACGGUGGCUUGGAUUCCAAUGGAAAACCAGCUGACGCAGUCUAUGGGCAAUCUGAUAUCCACAAGAAGGUGCUGUCACUGAACUUCAAGGAUUGCCACACAAAGAUCCGUCACGUGGACGCCCACGCCACCCUCAACGACGGCGUGGUGGUGCAGGUGAUGGGGGAGCUCUCCAACAACAUGCAGCCCGUGCGCAGGUUCAUGCAGACCUUCGUGCUCGCUCCUGAGGGCUCUGUUGCAAACAAGUUCUAUGUCCACAACGAUAUCUUCCGCUACCAGGACGAGGUUUUUGGGGACUCUGAUACUGAGCCUCCAGAGGAAUCAGAGGAGGAAGGGGAGGAACCUGAGGAAAGACAGCAGACACCUGAGGCUGUUCCUGAUGAUAGUGGUGCUUAUUAUGAGCAGGCUGUCAGCAAUGACAUUGAGGAACACCUGGAAGAGACAGCUGCAGAGGCAGAGCCUGAGCCAGAGGCAGAACCUGAACAGGAGCCUGAACCAGAGGUGCAGGAAGAAAAGUCAGAGCCAGUAUUAGAGGAAUCUGCUCCAGAAGAGACUGUGGAAAAGAGUCCUUCUCCAGCUCCUGCUGAUCCAGCUCCUGCAGUGCAAGAGGACUCCAGGACAUUUUCCUGGGCAUCAGUAACCAGCAAGAACCUUCCUCCCAGUGGGGCUGUCCCAGUAUCAGGAAUACCACCUCAUGUUGUGAAAGUACCGGUCUCACAGCCCCGCCCUGAGGCAAAGCCUGAAUCCCAGACCCCCCCUCAGAGACCUCAGAGGGAUCAGCGAGUGAGGGAGCAGCGAACGAGCAUCCCACCUCAGCGGGGUCCUAGGCCAAUUCGCGAGGGUGAACAAGGCGAUGUUGAAACCAGGCGGAUUGUGAGAUACCCAGACAGUCAUCAGCUGUUUGUUGGGAACCUUCCCCAUGAUGUGGAUAAAUCUGAACUUAAAGACUUUUUCCAAAAACUUGGCUUUUCUCUUGCAGGCUAUGGCAAUGUUGUUGAACUCCGCAUCAACAGUGGUGGAAAGCUCCCUAAUUUUGGGUUUGUGGUGUUUGAUGAUCCUGAGCCGGUUCAGAAGAUCCUUAGCAACAGGCCCAUCAUGUUCAGGGGAGAGGUGCGCCUGAACGUGGAGGAGAAGAAAACACGAGCUGCCAGGGAGGGUGACCGCAGAGAUAACAGACCCCGUGGACCUGGAGGCACUCGUGGGGGGCUGGGAGGUGGGAUUCGAGGGCCUCCUCGUGGAGGAAUGUCCCAGAAGCCAGGAUUUGGAGCUGGAAGGGGGAUCGGGCAACGCCAGUGAAUUCAUCGCGGAUGUUGACGUGAUGGCGCAAACCCUUUUUCCUGCAGAUUUGUGAAUUUCAGCCUUGGGUAUCUUGGAAUGUGGCCCUAGCCUGUUAUAGACUGCUACGUUUGAUACUAUUUUGGCCCCUUUUUGUUUGUGUUAUGGUUCUGUGAUUUAUUUUUUUCUAGUCCUUGUCCCAGAUUCCAGCUUUGUGGAACAACGUUUUAGGAAAAGUGGAUUUUAAAAAGAAAAGAACUGAAUUUUCUUCUUCACCUCAAACUUACGGACUGAUUUUUGGUUUUUUUGGUACCAGUGGUUUUUCCUAAGGAAUGUCUUUCUUUUUUCUUUUAUUUUUUUUUCCUCCCCUCUUUCUAAUGAAUUUGGGUGCAGUCAGCGGAAUAAUAUUUCACGUGCAUGCAUUCAAGAGCCUGUAGGAAAACAUAGUUCUUGGCAAGUAUUCCAAGGGCAGAAAAGCAAAACUCUUGGUGUUUCUUUGAGGGUCAUAUGAACAUCCUCCGGUCUGGAGACAUUGCCACUUGAAAAAAUUGACUUUCACCUUUCUGUGGCGCUGUAAAAGUGGAAUAAUGGGUAUCCGUAGAAUCUCUUUUCCUUUUGAUACAUGAUCACAGCAAGGAAUUCGAACUACUGUUUUACCACUUUGAAAUUUUGGAUUGUGGGAUAGGUUUUAAAUGUCUAGAACUUGACUCUUCAAACACUUUUCCUGAACUUGUGAAAUUUUUUAUUGAAAUAGGGAGUUUUUUUCAUGUUUAGUUUGUAUUUGUAUAAAAAAAAGCAAAAUUGUUGUGCCUUCUAUUUAUCUCUCAUUCCAGUUUUGGCAAAUUGUUUAAAAAAAAUAAAAUAAAAAAGGUCUAGAUUUGCUUUAUCAA